AUGGACGUUGCCAUGGCGCUGGCCACGCUCUUCUUCGUCCUCCUCCUGCUCUCCUCCGCCGCCAUCUCGCUCCUCCUCAUCCGCCUCUGCCUCGCCGCCAUCCGCCCCUCCGCCACCACCCGCACCCCCUACGCCGCCGUCGACCCCGAGACCGCACGAGCAUCGCCGCCGCAGCACGGGUUGGCCUUGCUGCCGCCGACGAAGGCACUGCAUGAGAAGCCGGCAGACACGGAGCCGCGGAGACUGGCGUGGCGGGAGGUGGAGGCCCUCACGGGCGGCUUCGACGAGGCCGCCGUGGUGGCCCGCGGCGGCUCCGGCAACGCCGUCUACCUCGCCGGGCAGCGCGUCCGCGGGUCGGCGGCGGCCGUCAAGGUGCACCGCUGGUGCGGCGGCGGGGAGCGCCGGCUCGCGGCGUUCCGGCGCGAGCUCGACCUGCUCCGCCGCGUCGGCCGCCACCCGCGGCUCGUCGCGCUACUCGCUUACUCCGACGACCACGAGGAGGGAGGCGCACUCGUGCUGGAGUACAUGUCGGGCGGCACCCUCGCCGACCGCCUCCACGGCGCCACCCCACCACUCACCUGGUGCCACAGGAUGCGCGUCGUCCACGACAUCGCCGUCGCGUUGGAGCACCUCCAUGGCACCGCCACGGCCAUCGUGCACGGCGACCUGUCAGCCUCCAACGUGCUCCUUGACGACGUGGGCGGAGCGCGGCUCUGCGACCUAGGCUCCGCCUGCGAGGCCACUUUCUCUGCAGCCGUCGCGCCCGCUAGACGCGGCGCCGCCGCUGCUGUGGGCUCCCCGGGGUACGCUGACCCCUUCUUCCUCCGCACCGGCAUCGUGUCCAAGAAGUCUGACGUGUACAGCUUCGGCGUGCUGCUCCUCGAGGUUAUCACCGGCUCGCCGGCCGCCGGCACGUCAGUGGGCGGCGGCGAGUACCUGACGGCGCGGGUACUGCCACGUGUGAGAGCAACCGGGGUGGCGGGGCUCGUGGACAGUAGGCUAGGAGACUGUUAUGACACUAUAGAGGCCAGCGAUAUCGCGGGAAUCGCCCUUGAGUGUGUGGCGUCGCAGCCAGGGCUCCGACCCACGAUGGCGCAAGUGCGGGCUGCUGUGGCGGAGAAGGCAGCGAGGUCCAUCGCGAGCAAUGGUAGUGAUCAUAAGUUGCUCGACUUAUUCCGCACCACGAGUUAA